GAAAUAGUUUGUUGGGCUAUACUUUCUUCUUCCUACCGUUCCCCCCUUCCUUCCUUCCCGUUCGGGUUCGCAGGCAGAGUCAGGACAGAUUGAAGCCCAGCUGUGUUCCUCGCUUUCGGUCGUUGCCAUUUUCCCCCCUCAUUGCCCGGUGAUGUUGGAUAUGGGAGAGCGCAAAGAGGUGAAAAUGAUUCCUAAAUCGUCGUUCAGUAUAAACAGUUUGGUGCCCGAGGCCGUGAAAAACGACAACAACAACCACCAGAACCAGCAGCACCACCAGAACCAGCAGCACCUCCACCAGACCCACCUCCACCGGCCCGGCGUGCCGGAGGAAGCCGAACAGAAAGCUCCUCUUCCGGCCGCGCAGCAGGACAGCAAAGCGGAUCCUAAAAGUGACUCCUCCGGUCCGGAUAGCUGCCCGGACGAGAAGGAGAAACCGGAGGAAAAGAAGGACGGGAAAGACGGGGACGGAGGAGGGAAGGACGGAGAGAAGAAGAGCGGCAAGUACGAAAAACCUCCUUUUAGUUACAACGCUUUGAUCAUGAUGGCCAUCAGGCAGAGUCCGGAGAAGCGGCUCACCCUGAACGGCAUCUACGAGUUCAUCAUGAAAAACUUCCCGUACUACCGGGAGAACAAGCAGGGCUGGCAGAACUCCAUCCGGCACAACCUGAGCCUGAAUAAGUGCUUCGUAAAGGUUCCCAGGCACUACGACGACCCGGGCAAGGGGAACUACUGGAUGCUUGACCCCAGCAGUGAUGAUGUUUUCAUCGGUGGCACCACGGGGAAGCUCCGGCGGCGGUCCACCACGUCCCGGGCCAAGCUGGCCUUCAAGCGGGGCGCGCGGCUGACCUCCGGGCUGACCUUCAUGGACCGCGCCGGCUCCCUGUACUGGCCCAUGUCCCCGUUCCUCUCCCUGCAUCACCCGCGGGCCGGCAGCGCCCUGGGCUACAACGGGACCUCCUCUGGGUACCCGGGCCACCCCAUGUCCUACAGCACCAUGUUGACACAGAACAUGGGGGGCAGCCACUCGUCGUUCCCGAGCUCCAACGGGCUGAGCAUGGACCGGCUGGUUGGCGGAGAUCUCCCCUACGCGACGCACCACCUCACGGCUGCGGCUCUGGCGGCCUCCGCGGUGCCCUGCGGCCUCUCGGUGCCUUGCUCCGGGGCCACUUACUCCCUGAACCCUUGCUCGGUCAACCUGCUGUCCGGGCAGGCUAGUUACUUUUUCCCCCACGUCCCUCACCCCUCCAUGACCACGCAGCCCGGAGGCUCCCUGCAUGCCGCCCGGGCUUCGGCCUCCAAUUCCCCGCAGGCUCCGUCCUCCUCGCUGGCUUGUGACUCUCUGAGGCCGGGUCUGUCCGGUUCUCUGCCGGCCUUCCCCUCGGGACUUUCCGGGGGACUUUCCGGGGGACUUUCCGGGGGUUUGUCUGACUAUUUUACGCAUCAAAACCAGGGGUCGACCUCCAACCCGCUUAUACACUAACAUACUCCAAACCCUCACCCAUAGCUCACCUUUCCAUCCAUCCCUCACCCCCCAUUUCCACCCCUGAAGGAGUGAAACUCUUAGAAAUGACUGGAACUGUAAGUUGAACAUUUUACACUGAACAUUUACAUUGUAAAAAAACUGAAAUAUUAUAAACUACCUAUAGAGAAAAGAAGAGAGACUUAAACUGCAAAACAAAAAAGAGAAGCAGAGAAACUGACAGAAAGCAGCCCUGAAGUUUCCAGGUAUUUUUUAAUAUUAUUAUUAUUA